UCGAUUUUCAUUUUGACAUCCACAAACAUGUAAAAUAUGUAAACAAUUUUCUUCAGAACUAAAGAUUUAAGAAGUACAAUUAAAAGAUGGCUGGGAAUUAUUAUUUUGUGAUAGUUGGUCACCAUGACAAUCCAAUAUUUGAAAUGGAGUUUUCUCCUGGAAGUAGAAGUAGUGAACCAAAGAAAGAUGAUCACCGACACUUAAAUCAGUUUGUAGCCCAUGAGUCAUUAGAUUUGGUAGACGAACAGAUGUGGGCAACAAAUAACAUGUAUCUCAAGAUUGUUGACAAGUUCAAUGAGUGGUUUGUCUCAGCAUUCGUAACAGCUAGCCGAAUGAGGUUUAUAAUGCUUCAUGAAGUUAAAAAUGAAGAUGGUAUUAAGAAUUUCUUCAAUGAAAUUUAUGAGACAUAUAUAAAGUUUUCUAUGAAUCCAUUUUAUGAAAUUAACAAACCAAUAGUAUCUCCAGCAUUUGAGAAGAAAACACAGUUCUUUGGAAGGAAAUAUCUACAAGUUUAACACAAACAUUCGGCCAGUGUAUUAAUGUUGGACAUUCCAGACAAUUACACAAUUCAAGGAGACAAUGUGUUAAAUUAAAAGUACCAAUAACAGUUUCAUAUUAUCUCAUCUUAAAUUUUAUGACAAGUGCAAUAUUGUGAUAAUAUAUAUGCUACAAAUAAAUGAUUCUAUGUAAA